AUGUUCUACGCAAGUAUGCAGUGCGGCCCAGGAAGCUAUCCGUCGUAUUUCACCACCACCGUCUACAAUUUUAGCGUGACAAUCACUGCUGAUGUGUUGGCCACUGUGCUGCAUCUUCCUCAAGAUGGUUAUCUAGCUGGGACAACAGAAGACUUUGAUAGCUAUGGGUUCCAUCCCAUAGACACUAUGUCUUACCUGGCUCGUGACUAUGGGAAGCAUCAAUUCUCCAUGUUCUCUGUGGAGCGGCUUCCUGAUGAGCUGAAAGCCUUACACUUCUACAUCACACGUAUGUUCCUCCCUCGAGAUGCUGCCACGGCAACUACUCUCGAAGAGUCUGACUUGUGGACUCUGUUUAACGCCAAAACAAGCUGCCCGAUCAGUUACGCCACACUCAUGUUUAAUCACAUGAUUAAAUAUCGAGAAGAAGAGUGCAGUGGGAAGCUGCCUUUCGGUCCGCAAAUCACCUCCCUGCUAGAAAUCUUAGGGGUCGAUCUUCGUUGGAAAAUCAUCAACCGGGAUCUCCAUUCUGACCUCCAAGCCCAGCAUGUCCUGCGUCGCACCCUCUCGGAGCUUGGAACCCAAAAACUUGCCAAAGUUAAAGGGGGAGACCAACCUGCUUAG